AUGAACUCCAAGAGGGAUCGCGCCUCCGUCCGACAAGUGUCUCGCUCCGUUUCUCGCGGAAAUGACCAUGUGCGUCGUGUGUCGGACUCUCGCCGUGUCGUAGAAGAUCCGUGGGAUGAAGGUAGUUUUCAGUCCUUUGACGCCACUCACUAUGCCCUGCAAACUCUCAACAAGCACAUCGAACGAAGGCUCGCAAAGCUGCAUGCCAAUACAAUCCGUCUGAAGCGUGAACUGUGGCUGCUCCAGCGACACAUCAAAGAAUUCCACCAUCCUCUUUUCGAGAACUGGGAAGCCGACAUGCUCACCCGCCUUAUCGAGGUUGCUCAUGCCCAUCAGUACAAGAAGCUACCAGGUGGUGUCGUGAUCGGAGAGUCCUCAUUUGCCGAACGAGAAAAUCUCAAUCAGGCAUACAGCAUCGCGGCAAAGGGUAUUCGCAUGCCGACUCUUCGAAGGCUUGGUCUGUCGGAGAAGUAUCAUGAAGCUCUGCAACGAUAUUCAGAGGUCGUUCCUUAUCGAAGCCCGAACCCCUUCCAAACCGAGUUUGCAUUCGCCAAAUGGCUGGUCGAGGUGCAGGAUGACAGACCGGAACUGUAUGCAUUCUGGUCCAAGCUUUUCCCCGUCUGCUAUGACCGCAGCGUCCAGGAGAGCGCUUCUAUCUUCUAG